AUGUCGCGCCCUGAAGAGGUUCUGCCCCCGGAUCUAUUCUAUGAUGACACGGAGUCUCGCAAAUACACCACCUCAUCACGAAUACGCAAUAUCCAAUCUGAUAUGACGCAUCGAGCGCUUGAGCUCCUUGACCUUCGAACACCUUCUCUUAUUCUUGAUCUAGGAUGUGGCUCUGGCCUUUCCGGAGAUAUUCUAUCGCAGGUACCACCCGAUGAAGGCGGUCCGCAUGUGUGGGUCGGUAUGGAUAUAUCACCUAGUAUGCUUGAAGUUGCUCUUCAGCGAGAUGUGGAAGGCGACCUCCUCCUGGCGGACAUUGGACAAGGUGUCCCUUUCCGACCCGGGUCUUUCGAUGCUGCCAUCAGCAUCAGUGCCAUUCAAUGGCUUUGCAACGCAGAAACAAGCGACGUUAGCCCCGAAAGUCGACUGCGUCGAUUCUUCGAAGGUCUGUACGCUUGCUUGCGCCGUGGCGGACGCGCAGUGUGUCAGUUUUACCCAAAAAACGAUGCUCAGAGGACCAUGAUUAGUGGAGCUGCUAUCAAAGCGGGCUUUGGAGCCGGUAUCCUCGAGGAUGAUCCCGGUACCAAAAACAGUAAACUGUAUCUCGUGCUUACGGUUGGCGGUGGGGGUCUGGAAGGAGACAUCACAGGUGUUGUUGAUGGUAUGAACGACGUCGAUGUCAUGGAUGCCCGGAGGCGUGCAGUCAACUCGGCUAGUGCUCGGCGAGGACCAGAGAAAAAGGGCAGUAAAGCUUGGAUCCUGAGGAAGAAAGAACAAAUGGCGAAAAAGGGGAAAGUUGUGAAAGCAACCUCAAAAUACACAGGGAGAAAGAGGAGACCUGCCUUUUGA